GUCACUGUUGAACUUGAGCAUUCAUCAUCAGUAUUGAGAGAAAACUCUGUGCGCGAGAGGGACCGAAACCGCCUUUCUACGCUACUCGUUUUUCCUCCAUAAAAAGGUAGCAUCCUCCUCCCUUAUACUUCUCUUCAUUCUCGCUCUGUCUCUCUCUCUCUCCCCGACUCCAUCGAAACCCUAGUCUCAUCGCCAAUUCGCUCUGCUCCGCGCUCCAAACCGUUCAAAAUUUCGUACAUUCAACGCCUCGCUCGCCGAUCGGUUUUGUUGCACUUCAGCCAAAGCUGCUUGCGUGAGCUCAACUGCAACUCUUUAUCUACAGGUCUCUUCUGGGCAUCUUACUCAGUCAUGGCUGGUGACUCCACUACAGGGUUUGCUAAUGGGAAAAUCAAUCCUCAGACUGACCCACAGAGGGCCUACCAAGUUGUAGUAGCUGCCACCCGUAAUUGGGGUAUUGGCAAGGAUGGGAAAUUACCUUGGAAACUUCCAUCUGAUCUGAAGUUCUUCAAGGAGGUUACCAUAACUACAUCUGACCCUAGUAAAAAGAAUGCUGUUAUAAUGGGCAGAAAGACUUGGGAAAGUAUCCCUCUUGAACAUCGCCCUCUUCCUGGCCGUCUAAAUGUUGUCCUUACUCGGUCUGGUAGUUUUGACAUUGCUACUGCAGAGAAUGUUGUGAUGUGUGGAAGUUUAGGCUCUGCUCUGCAACUAUUGGCAGCUUCCCCUUAUUCUCUAUCAAUAGAGAAAGUCUUUGUCAUAGGAGGUGGUGAGAUUUUCAGGGAGGCCCUUAAUGCUAAUAAAUGUGAGGCCAUUCAUAUCACUGAAAUUGAGGCAGACAUUGACUGUGAUACUUUCAUGCCUGGUAUUGAUACUACUGCAUUUCAGCCCUGGUACACAUCAUUCCCUUUGGAAGAAAACAAGAUCCGCUUUUCUUUUACAACUUAUGUUUGUGUGAGGAGUUAUGAAGUAGAUGUCCUUACUCAAAGCGAUGCUCUCACUCCUGAUAAUGGCUUAGAGCUUGAAAAGGUUGAGGUUAAAGCAUUCUCUUUCUUGCCUAAGAUGAUAUUUGAUAAACAUGAGGAGUACAUGUAUCUGAGGCUGGUUGAGGACAUCAUAAGUAAUGGUGCUUCAAGGGAUGACAGGACUGGGACUGGUACUCUGUCAAAAUUUGGUUGCCAGAUGCGGUUCAAUCUGCGGAAAUCCUUCCCACUUCUUACAACAAAGAAAGUAUUUUGGCGAGGUGUUGUUGAAGAACUUUUGUGGUUCAUUAGUGGUUCUACAAAUGCUAAGGUCCUACAAGAGAAGGGCAUUCAUAUAUGGGAUGGAAAUGCAUCAAGAGACUAUCUUGACAGUAUCGGUUUAGAGGAUAGGGAAGAGGGUGAUUUAGGACCUAUAUAUGGAUUCCAGUGGAGACACUUUGGGGCUAGGUACACAAACAUGCAUGCUGACUACACUGGGCAAGGAUUUGAUCAACUUUUGGAUGUUAUAAACAAGAUUAAAAACAAUCCAAAUGAUAGACGAAUUAUUCUUUCUGCUUGGAAUCCUUCCGAUCUCAAAUUGAUGGCACUUCCUCCUUGCCACAUGUUUGCACAAUUUUAUGUAGCCAAUGGUGAACUAUCUUGCCAAAUGUACCAACGCUCUGCUGACAUGGGUCUUGGAGUGCCGUUUAACAUUGCAUCUUACUCCCUUCUGACAUGCAUGAUUGCCCAUGUUUCUGGUCUUGUCCCUGGUGAAUUUGUUCAUGUCAUAGGAGAUGCUCAUGUUUACAGAACUCAUGUCAGACCUCUGCAAGACCAACUUCAGAAAUUACCUAGGCCUUUUCCAAUACUGAAGAUCAAUCCUGAGAAGCAGGACAUAGAAUCCUUUGUUGCUGCUGACUUUAACCUAAUUGGCUAUGACCCUCACCAGAAAAUAGAAAUGAAGAUGGCAGUUUAAAAAGUUUCAGAUUUUCUUUGUGUGGGUAGAAUAAGCAUGAGAUUCUCCCCACAAGGUAUUAUACUUUUGGACUGGUAGUGCUACUUGGACCAUUAGCAAGUCAUUCAGAAAUAAAUCUAAGUAUUAUACUUUACAUUACUGAAGUAGGGACCAUGAAUCCUUUAGUUCUACAUGAAACUUGUGGUUCUAAAGUGAUUUAGAAUGUAUCUUUUGGUUUGCUACUAUUCCUAAUGGGGCUUAUUUUUUAGCUUCCCCCAAUCUCUCCUUUUACUGGACAAGUAUAUCUCGUUUACAGUGAUGUGUAUAUUUGACUACUUGUGCGGCUUAUUAAUUAUAGAGGAAGCUGUUUUUGCUUUGUA